AUGGCUGAAGCCAUUGUGAGUGGCUGCAUAGAUGUUGGAAGGGUUAGGGAUGAAGAAGGAAGAGGAAGGGGAAGAAGGAGGAAGAAGGAAGAAGUUGAAAGAAAUGAAAGAAGAAAGAAGAAGAAGAAAGAAAAGGGAAAGAGGAAAGACGAAGAAGAGGAAGUGGAAGAAGAAGGAGGAGGGAGGAAGAGGAAGCGGAAGAAGGAGGAAGAAGAGGAAGAAGGGGGAGAAGGGGAAGAAAGGGUAGAAGGGGAAAAAGAGGAAGAAGGGGAAGAGGUAGAAGGGAAAGAAGGGGAAGAAGAGGAAGAAGGGGAAGAAGAGGAAGAAGGGGAAGAAGAGGGAAGAAGAGGAAAGAAGAAGAAGAGGAAGAGGAAGAAGAAGGAGGAGGGAGGAAGAGGAAGCGGAAGAAGGAGGAAGAAGAGGAAGAAGGGGAAGAAGGGGGAGAAGGGGAAGAAAGGGAAGAAGGGGAAGAAGAGGAAGAAGGGGAAGAAGAGGAAGAAAGGGAAGAAGAGGAAGAAGGGAAAGAAGAGGUAG